AUGAAAUUAUUUUCAAAGAAUAUAGCGAGCGGCGAAGUCGAGGAUCAUGAAUCUUUGCUUCAAAAUUCGGAACUCCAGGGAUACCUACAAGAUCCAAAUUCCCCAAAAUUUACUUUGUCCCUGGGCCAGGUUUUAAUUGGGACCUUCUUGAUUCUUACUCUCUUCUCCGGAGGACUGUUGGCGGGUCUCGGAUUUGCAUGGAAUCGAAAUGCAGACUGUACGACGCAAGUCACACAGGGCUCACCCCUCCUUGAGGAUAUCUCCCUAUCAUACAAAACAAUCAGAUUCAACGGAACCUUCUUAGACGAAAACAUCUAUCGCCAAAGUGCCAGCCCUGAAGUUGACGCUGCUUGGCAAGCUCUAGGAUCCAACUAUCGUAGCGUUGCUAUUCCAGAAGAUCGGGCCUCCGAAGCUGGUCUGCGACGAGAUCAGGUUAGGAUAAAUCCGAAGUAUGGGGGAGGAUAUCCUGCGAAUGUUGAAGGGCUCCAUCAACUUCACUGUCUAAAUCUCCUUCGACAAGCCUUGUAUUACAACUUUGACUACUAUCAUGCACUGAAACAAGGAGCUUUCAAGAACGACGAUAACAUCCUCAAAAAACACGUCUCUCACUGCCUUGACAUUCUUCGACAGCAGUUGAUGUGCACAGUAGACAUCGGCGUUCUUGGUCAAGUAUGGUACAAUCCUUCAUCCCCUGCUCCCUUUGUCGAUUUCAACACGAUGCACAAGUGUAGGAACUUUGAGGACGUAAGAAAGUGGGCCGAGGCGAGGCAAUUGCCGAAAGAUGUGCCUCCAGAUUUCUUGCAACCUCCCGCAGACAUAUCUCAUAUUUUGCCUGGAGUGCCUUGA